UUGUAAGGCAGUUCUUGUUGCUUCGCCAUGUGUAUGGUCCAUAUGAUUGUUACUUUCAAAAGCGCUGUGCCAUUGUCUUCGACACCGUUGAUUGGAACUGAAUCCACCUUCCGCAGUAUAUGCGAGAAACAAAACACCAACAAUGUCCCCGCCUGCUGCUGCGAAAUCUCUCACCACGGCUGCCACACUCUUUCCAGGUCCAGGGAGAGCGACGAACACUACUCCGUCGGCCAACGUACGUCUCAAGAAUCUCCACAUGUUGUCUGAAAGGAAAUUCUUACAUUGAACGACAGGACAGCGCGAGCUUCCGUUUCGUAGUGGAUGGUACGGUUCAGACACUGUCCUCCCAGGAUACUCCAGGAAAUGCCCCAAUACGAGGGCUCUUGUUCGUUCCUAGUCUCGAUGUUGAGGAUUCAUGCAACAAUCUCACCGCUCCAUUCAUACCCACCCAUGUCACCCGCCAUCCCGACGUGGAUAGAUUCAGGUUUCAGACCAUUGGCCUUGCGCCGUGGGUGAACGCUGAGUGUGCUGAGUCCUUCAUCGACGCCUCGCAGCGUGUAGGUUCCGAUGCGCUGGUAUUCUUCUUGCCUGGGAGCAACAAUACCAAACCGCCACCAAAUGAAGAUCCGACGUGGUCAUUGAGAGACGGUGAGGAUUGGAAGAACCCAAAUAUCCUCCCCGUGUAUGCGAUCCCUGGUCCGGCGGGUGUGACCCUCAUGAAUCAGCUGGCGUGGUAUCCGGGGAACACAAGCUAUGCGCACAAUGGUCACAAUGCUUCCGCAUCCGUGACAGGUCAGCCCGACAUACGGCUGCUGAGCCUUAUUGAUUUUGAAAGGGCUCAAGGCAAAAUGCCCAGUCUCUGGGGGUUCAUUCUUGCCAUCCUAGGGACAAUAUUGGUUCUCAGCAUGACUGUUCUACUUUGCUAUCAAUUGGUACAGAAGAGGCGCCGGGAGAGGCUGCAGCAGAGGAUUGAGUCUGGAGAGGCAGACAUGGAGAUGUUGGGUUUGCACCUCAUGAAAGUCCCACAGGAGAUCUUAGAUACACUGCCAAUAUACACAUAUCCGGAUUGGAGCGCUUUGGGUGACACUCCUGAGCCCAACAACAAGAGUUCUUUACGAUCCAAGGAACUCCAAGAAUGCACGGAGAAAAAGGAGGGAACAGACACAAGCCCCGACGCCAUUACAGCGACCGAGGUACGGGAUGACAAGAAAGAAAGCCAAGAAAAAGAAGAGUCCGGCGACGAACACUCGCCGGGCGACGCCGACAGCUCCCCCAGCGCGCCGUCCUGUUCGUCGUCAAUUAAUACCUGUGCCAAAGGCCGCCCUCCCAAGCUUAAGAGACUGAGCCACUCGCAAACCACAUGUGCCAUCUGUCUCGAGGACUUCAUCCCGCAUGAGUCUACUGUCCGCGAACUCACCUGCGGUCAUAUCUUCCACGUCGAGUGCAUCGAUGCGUCGCUGACGCGGAAUAGCUGUCUAUGUCCGAUGUGCAAGAAGAGUGUUUUGCCGCCAGGGUAUUACCCGACGCCUAUCACCAAUAGAGUAGUUCAUCGCGAUUUCAUGAUGCGGAGGGCGAAUUCGGCUUGAGUUGGUUUUUGUUCAGGGGUUGGUUUCUGUGGCUGUAUUUGAUGGAUAAACGUUAUGAUACCCUGCAUGUUUGGCUCUUUGUUUUCUUGGUAUAGGUCAUAUAUAAUACAUAGAUCUCCAGCUUUUAGUUUUGGGUCUUGAGGUUUUUAUCUUCUCUUAAACAUUCUUCUUUUUAGUAGAACAAAUAAUAGCAUUGGAAUCAGGAAAAGGAUCCGGGCUAUUCUCUAUUAUGCUACAAGUGAUGAAUCUAAUAUUGGUUAUCGUUCUCUUGUACGGGGCAUAGAGAAUAGUUAGCCAUAGUCGAGCAAGGAUAAAGAUGCGCUUUGUAUAGAAUACACUCAAAUCCCACAGAUAAUAAGAAAAGAGUCGCCAUGUACUAUCUAAUCGACUCGACAGCUCAAUGUAGUAUUCAAAAUAUGCAAUAGGGUAUACUUCGUACACCCCUCCAGAAUUUACCAACUCCGUCUACGUCACUCCACGCGCUUAUCGAUAAGAUAAAAUAAAUAAAUCUUCUCCACCAA